AUGGUUAAUGAUUAUAAUGAUAAAACGCAACGAAUACCUGAUAAGAAGAGCUCGAGAACAUUGCGUCUAGUCACAUUCAACGUAAAUGGUGUUAAGACAAUAUUCAAUUAUCAUCCGUGGAACGGUCAUAAACAGUGCUUUGAUACACUGCUUCAAUACUUGAAGGCUGACAUUGUUUCACUUCAAGAACUAAAGCUUACUGCCCAAAACCUCUCGAGCACAAAGAUUGGAAACACUCAGAAAUAUAGGUCCUUUGUAAGUGUUCCGAAGACGAAAAAAGGGUAUAGUGGUGUUGGACUCUUUGUUCGUAUACCUAAUGAGAAUGAGGAUGCCGUUUUGAAAAAGAAUCUCUCAGUGGCCAAAGCCGAAGAGGGUCUCACCGGGUAUUUGUUCUCGCCAGAUAAAAAGGGUCUGAGAUAUCGUGAGCUAGCGGUGGAAGAGUGUAUAGGCUGUUAUCCCACGGACAUCGAUGAUGAGACUUGUUCUAAGUUGGACUCGGAAGGUCGCUGCAUAAGUGUGCAGUUGGCAAGUGGUUUGAUAAUCUUUUCCCUAUAUUGCCCUGCAAACUCAUCGGGUACCGAGGAAGGUGAGAUUCAAAGACUUCUAUUCCUAAGAGUGUUAUUAGAACGUUGCAAGAGGCUUGAAGAGAAAGGAAACGAAGUAAUUAUCAUGGGUGACAUUAACGUGGCACUUGACCUUAUUGAUCACGCCGACUACAUGAGGGAGUCUUUCAAGCAAGGCACAUUAAAGCAUUCCUUGAACAGCUCCGGGGAUGGAUCCGAACUCGAAAAGCUCAACUUGGCCGAGUGUCUCAAGUUCAAAGAUUCAACGCCCGCUCGUUCCUUACUCAAUGCAUACGUACAUCCAAGCAGUGAAAGCAUGUUGGUUGCAAAUUCAAGCAAGCAAUUUUUAUAUGACACCACGCGAGAGGUUCAAAAGCGCCGUUUGGGAAUGUACACUGUAUGGAAUACUUUGACCGGUGCUCGUCAGUCUAACUUUGGAUCUCGUAUUGACUUGAUUUUAACAAGCUCAAAGGCUCUUUGCAAGAAUGUGUCUUCUGCUAAUAUCUGGCCCUUUCUUCAUGGUUCCGACCACUGCCCCGUUUAUACCGAUUUCGAGGUUCAAGAUGUUGAAAAGGAGCCGCCGCUGAUCAUGCCAUUGAAACUAGAAGCCAAGAGCCACUACAAGCUUGUUCAACAUCGAGACAUUUCACAGAUGUUUAAGUCGAAAGCCAGGACGACCUCUGACAAAGAAAGCGACAAAGCAGAUGUUCCCGCUGAUAGUAAGCGCAAGAAAACUCCCUACGUAAGUCGAAAAAAAACACUCGAUAAUAAUCAAAGACUGAUUAAAACAUUUUUCUUUUCUGACAACCAGAAAGAGGAUGAUAUAAAAUUUGAAGAUACAAAGCCAAAAUCAGCUGCUGGCACUCGACUGGCAAUUGACCUUCAACAUUACUCCAAAAUACUCUACGGCGAAACCCCAUAUUGCAAACAUGGUGAGCUUGCUGAGCUAAAAACCAGUUUUAAAAACCCCAAAACCAAGGGUAAAAAGUUCUGGAGCUGUGCAAGACCUACGAACAUAGACUCAAAAUGUGAUUUCUUCAAGUGGGCAGAGCCAAAAAAGGAAACAUAG